AUGUCCCAACUCCAACCUCGUUGUUUCCUCUCUGUUGUUAUUCUCGUCCUUUUGUCUCUAACCACUGCUUCCUUCUCAUUUGCAAGUGAAGAAUUCUCAGUUCGCUCCACUCAAGAUGUUUGCACUAGCGUUCUUACCCCUGUGAGUGAUAGUGUCCCAGCCGGUCAAACGAAACUCAUUUCUGGACCCUACCGUAGUGCUGUUUGUCCUUCUGGUAAAUAUGUUUCCAAAUAUACUGUAAUUGUUAAAAGCACUGACGGAAGUCUCUUUAACACCAUUGUUAAAGAUGUCAACAGCAAUACCUUUACACAAGUUUCUGAGGAUAGUAUCACAUGCUUGAAUAGAGAACUCGCAAACACAUUCCAAUAUAUUUCUCAAUUUUAUCUCAGUGUCAAGUGUAAUAAUCAACUCUUUGCAUGUCCUAUAGAGUUCUUUGAGAAUGCUGAAUGUACAGAUAUCACCACAGAAUUGAGAGUAUCUGCUGUUGAGAAGUCUGGUUCAUACGACGUUCUUGUAGGGAUGUUUUAUGGAGGAAGUUUAAUGACAAGUGCUAAUGGAACUGUUGCCUUCUCAAUCGAAGGUGUUGAUGCCAACAACAAGAACGAAUACAUUGCAUUCAACGCUGGCACUAGUUCAUCUUUGAGCGGUGGUACAGCAUCCUUCAAUGGAGUUUUUCCUUUAGGUCCUGUUGGCAACUUCAGAUUUGUUGCCAAAAAAGAUAACUUGAUAGGUUUCAGUGCAAACUUUACCAAGGUUGUACCAGCCAAAGAUUACGCAUCUUCGUGGAUAGGUACAUACAAAAUCAAAAGUGAAUGUGAUCAAGCAAAAUGUUGUUGUCCAACUCCCAAUGUUGUUAUCACCCGUAUUGAUAAUAACUCAAUCAAAAUCAAAGCAUCAACUGCAGCAGGUCAAUGCACCAACUCACAAUUAGACUACACAUUGUACUCUCCCCAAUAUUCAGGAAUUCUAUCCGAGGACUAUUUUGCUUGCCCUUACGGUAGUGCCGCCUUGAAUUUCACCACUUCAACACUUCGAUUUGGCAGCUCUUGUUCGUACACUUUUGAUAAAAUCUCAGCUGCGACUUCCACUCCUCCAGCUGCAGCAAGUAGUAGAGCUGUUGGAAAUUCGAAAAAAGCGAAUACUGGAUACAGUGUGAACUCGAGCACUGUCAACAUGUGGGUGAUUAUGGCUGUGAUUGUUCAGAUUGCAUUAAUGGCAUGCAUGUAA